CUGCAAGACGUCCCAGAGGAUUCCGCCAAUGCACCAAAACAAAAUACCUUGCAAGGGAGUUUAACGCCAAAACACAUCCACUAACGUCUCACGGACGUUUGUUUUUUUCAGCGGAGAGACGUAUCGGGGUGCCAAGUCUGCCGGCGCGUUGUUCCAGCGAGCGCACGAGCGCACCCAUCUUUACAAGCACUGCCGUCGCACGCAGUCAGACAGAUUUAUGAAGCUUUCAAGGCCUUUUGAUUGAUCGGCCACUCGAUGGGGAUUCACCGUGGAGCUCCCACCUGCGCAGUCUGCCCUCCACCUCGCUGCCUCCCAUCCCUCUACUGCACUUCCUCCAUACAAAUCAUGAAACUGGUAUUAACUGAAUGGCAAUUGAUAUGGAUUUUUAAUAAUUUCAGUAGACAAUAAAUACCAACGCACACACACACGCAUACACACACACAUUCACACACACACACACAACCACACACACACACACACACACAUGCACACACAGACAUAUACAUAUACAUAUGCAUGCUGUACCUUAAAGGGAGAAACCUCAUGACAAAGCCAUAUCCAGGCGAAUGUAACAAUACCAAAUAACCCCACGGCGUUGGUGGAGCAUCUCUGAAUAAAAGCAAAACAAACGCAACAUAGGACAAAGGACACAAGGAAUGUAUCUUUGAGAGAAUUUUUUGUUGUUUUUGUUUUCACUCAUCUUUGAGAUACCUCGGCAACACAGCGAAGACGGCAUUGACAGACGAUCGGACGACACAGGGAGUUAAUACUUUUUUUUUGAAGGAGAAACUAUUGUUUGUGAGUUGUCAUAGUUUGACAGUUUUUUUUCCCUUUAAACAAGCACUUGUUGGGUUUUUGGCCUUUUGGGCUGUCGGUUGGAGAGGCCCGGCGGUGCACCCUUAGCUUGGCCGUGUGCAUGCCGGCGACCAUGGCGCCUCAGAACACUGACGCCGACGCAAUGCAAGUGCAAGGCGUGGUGGUGGUACCCACCAAACGCAGAGGAGGAGGCAAGGACCUGGAGGGCCAAGAGGAGUCACCGAGCGAGGGCUCUAUAGACCGCAUUCCGCUCCGUCAGUGGAUCAUGCACGGAGCGGUCAUGUUCGGACGCGAGUUCUGCUACGCCAUGGAGACGGCAUUGGUCACUCCCGUCCUGUUGCAAAUAGGUCUUCCAGAACAAUACUACAGCUUGACGUGGUUCCUGAGUCCCGUCCUGGGCCUGAUCUUCACGCCGCUGAUUGGCUCGGCCAGUGACCGCUGCACACUCCGCUGGGGCCGCCGCCGGCCCUUCAUCCUGGCGCUGUGCGUUGGCGUGCUCCUCGGCGUGGCGCUCUUCCUCAACGGCUCGCUCAUAGGUCUGGCCCUCGGUGACGUACCCAACGAGCAGCCCAUCGGGAUCGUGCUGACCGUGCUGGGGGUGGUGGUGCUGGACUUCUGCGCGGACGCUACGGAAGGUCCUAUACGGGCCUACCUACUGGACGUGGCCGACACGGAAGAGCAGGACAUGGCCCUCAACAUCCACGCCUUCUCCUCAGGUCUUGGCGGAGCGGUGGGCUACGCGCUGGGCGGCCUGGACUGGACCCACACCUUCCUGGGCCGGACGUUCAAGUCUCAGGAGCAGAUCCUGUUCAUGUUCGCGGCCGUGCUCUUCACGGGCUCGGUGGCGCUGCACCUGUUCAGCAUCGAGGAGCUGCAGUACAGCCCGCAGCAGGACCGGCUGGACGAGGAGGCCGACACGAUGUCCUCGGUCAAGCUCAACGGCGGCCUGGCCCUCCACGGCCAGCCGCACCUGCUCCUCGAGGACGAGGAGGACGAGGACGGAGACCUGUACGACGAGGAGGACGAGGACGGGGACGAGCGCGACGAGCUGGACAUGGAGUUCCUGGAGGUGGAGAUGGUGCGGAGCAAGAGCGACUCGGUGCUGGCCAUGGCCGACGCCACGCUGGACCACCUGGAGGCCGACGCCUCCUUCCUGCGCCAGAUCGAGCCGUCCAUCUUCGCCGACCGCCUCUCCUCGUACCACGGCUCGCCGCCGAGGCGGAGCAGCAGCGCGGGCAGCCAGGACUUCCUGCGCCUGGCCAGCAGGACCAGCGACGGGCAGGCCGGUGGAGGAGGAGGAGGAGGAGGAACGGGCACUGCCCGCUUCAGCCGCCUGUCGGCGUUCCUGCAGGAGCUGGAGCGCGAGGGCGGCGAGGAGGCGCUGCUCAACAACUGCCAGCUGGACGACUCGCCCAAGUCGCCCAAGUCGCCCAACGGCGUGGGCACUGCCAACAGCAACAACGGGCGCCCGCGCUCGGGCCCCGGGCUCAAGGCGGGCAGCGCCAACGCCUCCAUCCGCCGGCGGCGCCACACCUUCUACCGCCAGCCGUCCUGCACCUUCUCCUACUACGGGCGCGUGGGCUCCCACCGCUACCGCUACCGCCGCGCCAACGCCGCGCUGCUCAUCAAGUCCUCGCGCAGCAUGAACGACAUCUACGAGAUGCAGAAGCGCCAGCAGCGCAAGCGCCACACCACCACCACCAGCAGCGCGGGCACCAACAGCGCCAGGCAACGCGCCCGCCACCAGAGCGGCAACACCAACUCCAGCGGCGACACCGAGAGCGAGGAGGGCGAGACGGAGACCACGGUCCGGCUCCUGUGGAUGUCCAUGCUCAAGAUGCCCCGCGAGCUCAUGCGCCUCUGCAUCUGCCACCUGCUCACCUGGUUCUCCAUCAUCGCCGAGGCCGUCUUCUACACCGACUUCAUGGGCCAGGUCAUCUUCGAGGGCGACCCCACGGCUGCUGCCAACUCCACAGCUCUGUAUAACUAUCACAAAGGAGUGCAGAUGGGAUGCUGGGGACUGGUCAUCUACGCUGCCACAGCUGCCAUGUGCUCAGCGCUGCUGCAGAAGUACCUGGACAACUUUGACCUCAGCAUCAAGGUCAUCUACAUCCUGGGAACGCUGGGCUUCUCCAUCGGCACGGCCGUCAUGGCCAUGUUCCCCAACGUCUACGUCGCCAUGGUGAUGAUCAGCAGCAUGGGCGUGAUCUCCAUGAGCAUCUCGUACUGCCCGUACGCGCUGCUCGGCCAGUACCACGAGAUCAAAGAGUACAUCCACCACAGUCCUGGCAACUCCAAGCGAGGCUUUGGCAUCGACUGCGCCAUCCUGUCGUGCCAGGUGUACAUCUCCCAGAUCCUGGUGGCGUCGGCGCUGGGCGCGAUGGUGGAGGCCACGGGCAGCGUGCGGGUCAUCCCCAUGGUGGCGUCCGGCGGCUCCUUCCUGGGCUUCCUGACGGCGUGCUUCCUGGUCAUCUACCCGCAGGACGGCGACGGGGCGCACGGCCACGGCAAGGGGGGCGAGCAGACCAAAGCGCUGACGGCCUCGUCGGCCGCCUCGUCCCUGGAGGUCGUGGAGAAGCCCAGCGUGCUGAAGCUGACCCGCAAGGGCGCCGCCACCACCACCUGCAAGGUGGAGUGCGAGUCCACCCUGUGACCGACCGGGCGCCAGGAACGUAGCGCACGGAAAACGCAGACUAGCAAAUGACAAAACACGACGCGACGCGACGCAACGCAGCACUCCACAGAGGUUGUAACAAACAAGACACACACAUACCAUACACUCAUACACACAAACACACACACACACACACUGAUACACACAGCCUCAAAGUGGUUGUCGCCCAUGAGGCAUAAAACAUUCCCAUCAGUGCACAGUGCCCUCCAAUCUCAUUCUCUUGCAUGCGUCCAGGAGAGAGAGAGAAAGAGAGGACCAGAGGAUAGAACUAGAAACAAGAGACUCAAAAAAAUGCUGUUUCUUCAUGUCGUCCUCAGUUCAUUUUUUAUUUUUGUUUUUGUUUGUGUGUGUGUGUGUGUGUGUGUGUGUGUGUGUGUGUUUGUGUGUGUGCGCGUGUAUUUUUUUUUCUCUCGAGCUUAUGGGCCUGGCCUGGCCGGACUCAGGGCUGCAGUGUAGAGCGGGCACUUGCCCCGUCUCUCCCUCUCAGGGCCACCAGGGGGCGUCCCUGGACUGGACACAUCAGGGGUCAGGGGGGCAAAAGUGUGUUCAGGAUGGUGUGGCGGGACUCUGUGAAAGAUACACACCUCUUCCACUCACUUUUACCCCCCCAAUGUAAAGAUGGAAAGGAAAGUUUAAACAAAAAUGUCUGUGAGAAUAUUUCCUUUGAAUAUACAUAUAGAGAUAUAUACAUACAUAUACAAACAUUUAUAUUUUCCCUUAAGUUAUUAUAUUUAGCAUUUUCUUUUCUUGUUCGACCUGAUGUCUCAUGAUGACUGGAGACAUUGCAGUUACCAAAAGUUGCCCAGUUAAAACGACUCUUAUCAGAGUGAUGUUUUUACCUUGUGGACUUGUAGACUUCACUUGGCUUUAUUUGAAAACACAAGAAAGCUGGUGUGUUGAGGUGCUCACAUCGUCAGGAGCGCUCUGAGAUUUUGGGGGUCAUUCCCCCGAGUUGGGCGUUGGAAGAGCUCAAUUUGACACGAGACACCUGGACAAGGCCACUCUGGCAGCACCGGAGUGGGUCCAUUUGGGCUUUCAGGAGCCGUCUCUUUGGGUCCAUCUGGGCUUUCAGGAGCCGUCUCUUUGGGUCCAUCUGGUGUUUGGUUUGACCAGAUGUUUCAGGUCCAUGCACAUCCUCAACCUUUCUGCGCGAAUCCUGACAUUGCCACCUCAAGGGCAUUAGAUCUCAUGGUGGUCGAAGGCGGUCGAAACAGUUUUUAAGAAUCGAUAUAUAACAAAUAAAAAAUCUCAAUGCUGCAUCAGAGUUCUAGAGUAUUAGCCUGAUACCAAAUAAAAGAGAAGGAACAGGAAGGAGAGGUGGAGCGCGUUGGAAAGGACAUUUGUUUUUUUUUUUCUCGACUCCCUUCCGUUUUCGUUUCUUUUUAAUCUUUUGGAGUUGGCUGUUGUCUCUCGUGACACAAGGUCAAUGCUCUUUGCUGGAUGUCACUUCAGAGAUGUUUAAAUCCGGGUGUGCCUGUGCUUGGAGGAGACGUG